CUCAAAGCAGGCAGUCGAGCGCGGUCCGUCGACGCUCCACCCGCCAUCUUGGUCGAUAUUAAAAUCUAGUCAAAACAUUUACUUUUAACUGUUAUGAGGUACUCAUUUAUCUUGGUGCUGCUGUGCCUGUCUUGGGCGAGAGGUCAGAACAUCACCGAUGAAGAGAGGAAGCGUUUUGAGGUCCUCUUCGGGACCAAUGUCACCGAUGACCGUGAUGGCGACGUUGACCUUACGCCGGGCAAAGUGCCUUCCACACCGUCCAGGGGACCAGAAAUCAGUCCAGCAGAGAGGGAGCGUCUGGAAGCCUUAUAUGGCAAGCCGGACAUUACCAAUGACAACAGCACAGAUUGCGAGACGAAGGAUGGCAAGGCGGGCGUCUGCGUGCUGCACUACCAAUGCAAUCCGGAGACCGGCACCGUCAACACGGAUGGAAACUCUAUAAUUGACAUAAGACAACGGGAGUGCCCCCACUACCUGGAGGUCUGCUGUCUCCUGAACCAGAAGCAGGACAAGCCCCCUCCCCCAGUGGUUGAGCAGAUGGAGUGCGGCUGGAGCAACCCUGGGGCGCAGGCAUUCCGCAUCGUCAACGAUGGGACCUCGGCCGAGUUCGGAGAGUACCCGUGGAUGGUCGCCAUACUCAAACGAUCUGACGGCAACACGGCAUGGUCCCAGAGCGACUACAUGGGCGGCGGCUCCAUCAUACAUCCGCAGGUUGUGCUCACGGGGGCUCAUAAAGUUGACGGGAAAGAGGCCGAGGAGAUAAAAUGCCGUGCCGGCGAAUGGGACACGCAGACGAACAAGGAGAUCUACCCGCACCAGGAGCGCAACGUUAAGAAGAUCGUGAAACAUACCGACUACUACCGACCGUCAGUAUACAACAGCGUAGCCCUCCUAAUCCUGGACUCGCCGUACGCGCUGGGCAACGCGCCGCACAUCGGCGUGGCCUGCCUCGCCCCGCACGCCCCUCCCGCCGGCGCGCGCUGCCAGAGCAUGGGUUGGGGCAAGGAGUUUAACGACAAGGAAAAAUAUGCUGUGGUGCUCAAGAAGGUGGAACUCCCUUGGGUCCCUCGCGACAAAUGCCAGAAGGAGCUGAGAAAGACUCGCCUCGGCUCCCACUUCGUGCUGCACCCCUCGCUGACGUGCGCGGGGGGCGAGGCGGGCAAGGACACCUGCGGGGGCGACGGGGGGUCCUCCCUCGUGUGUCCUAUAGGGAACGUGGAUCCGAAGCAGGAUUCCCUCCGUUUCGCGAUCUACGGCAUGGUGGCGUGGGGCAUCGGCUGCGGCGACGCAGUGCCUGGAGUCUACGUCAACGUGCCGCAGUUCUACGACUGGAUUGGGGAGAAAAUGGCCGCCGAGGGCUUAUCAACAGACUCUUAUACCUUCAAGCUAUAGACUACAUCGGCUGCGGAGACGUGCCCGGCGUAAGGUGGUGGUACUGGUGCUCGACGCGGUCCCAGUACAUGUCAUCUUGAAACUUAAGUCAUUGUCAAAAGAGGUGACAGCACGGUGUCAUCUAUUGGGCAUUAGCAUGUCGAGCACUAGUACCACCACCUUAUACAGUCAGCAAAACUAUUAGCUUAGCAUCGCAAUCUUUAGUUUUGAUGACUGUAUCGACUGUACAGUCACCGUAAUAAUAUGUAACUCUUCGAAUGCCGCAAAAAUAUCUGACACGAUCUUAUUUGUAGAGCAUUAAGAGUGUGUCACAUAUUUUUGCGGCCUUCGAAGAGUAACAUGUUAUUGCAGGUGAAUGUACGUCAAUGUGCCCCAGUUUUACGACUGGAGCGGAGAGAGAAUGGCCGCCGAGGGCUUAUCAACCGACUCUUAUACCUUAAAGUUGCGGAGGCAUGCUCGGCGUGUACGUUAACGUGCAGUUCUAUCCUCCUAAGGCCCAAGGUCCUACCUAUAGUACUUAUUCAGUUCAAUGAAAUUUAAAUCAUAUUCGACUGCAACAGAGUUGCUUUUGCUUUGUUUCGUUCAGAUUUUAAACAACGCAAUGUCUCUAUUUCCUACGCUAAAGGUUCAAAUUUCUGUGGCAUGCAUUUUUCAUUUGUAUGGCUGGGUCUUAGGAGGCUAUGACUGUCGAGGGCUUGUCCACCGGGACUUAGACCUUUAAGUUGUAGGCUUGACUAUUAAGGUAGGCCUGUGCACACUGGAUGCAUCGUGCGUUGUAUUAUACAGAUUCUUUUGGGAAACGGCAGACCGUUUGCGUGAAGUGUGCGGCUCCAACAUUUUAGCACACGUGCACGUCUACGCACACGCAGCCCAUGUGCUCUGUGCUGGGCUUUAACCUUUUCGACGGCGUGUCAAACACAAAAUCUCUCACUUGGACCUUGGACGCCACGUCACAGAAGUGUCAAAACUGAAAUUGAACUUUAUGCAUAUGCACGUAGGUCUAUGUUGCUCUGUGGUCUGUGACGGCUUAAUCCGUCUUUAGCGUUGCACCUACGGUGCGGAUAUAUCCGUCAUUGGCGUCAAAAAGGUUAAUCCGCUUGCAUAUCAGUUGACUUGCCUAUCUGACCAGUCAAAGAGAGUUGGAUCAGUUAAUUACAAUAUUUUCAUACUAAAUUUCUUCUAAAGCGGUUCAGCGACUUAAGCGUAAAGAGGUAACUGACUGACAGGCAGACAGAGUUAUUUAUGAAACUCGCCCCUUUCCAAUGUUUAGAUUCUAAAACCAUAUUUAAGGUUGGGUGACUUUCUUGUGGGACCAAUAUAUGUCUGUAAAGGGUCUAUCAUUGGGUGAUUUACCCCAUUUGAGGAUUGUGUUUUAUACACAGUAGGGUGUGUGUAUAUGUAUACAGGAAAUAAAUAAAUUAAUUAAUACUCCAUCUCAUAGGUUAGAAAAUAUUGGAUAACCAGUGCGAAUGGUUAAAAUUUAAUUUAAUUGACGAAGAAAACAUGAAUGUUACUAAAAAAAGAUUACUAUGUAUUUUUAUGAAACAGAAUAUACUUAAAUAAAUAGUCACAAAAA